AAAAUAAGGCAAACUCAUGUGUGUGUUGGGCACAAAUGUAUAUGUGUAUGAUGUAUCCCUCACAGAGAAAUGGAAAAGAAAAAACUGGUCGUGGAAUAUGAACUCAAAGAGCUAAAUGACUCCCUAAAGAAAGUUGAAACCAAAAUUAACGCUGUAAUGGAAGAAAAGGAGGACACAAUAAAGGAAGUUGAAGGCAAACGAGCCUUGCUUGAAAUUAAAGAACAAGAGUAUAACCAGUUGGUCAAGCUACUGGAAUUAACCAGAGAGAAUGAAGCAACUUCACUAACUGAAAGAGGGAUCUUGGAUCUCAAUUUACGAAACUGUCUCACUGACAAGCAAAACUACCAUGAUGAACUUUCCCGUAAGCAGAGAGAGAAAGAGCGAGAUUUUCGAAAUUUAAAAAAAAUGGAGCUACUCUUUAAAGUGUCCUGGGAUGCACUCACUCAAACACAAGCACUGCAACAAAGGCUUCUGUUAGAGAAAAUCCUAUCAGAAGCUGAGUCUAAGUUACUAGAACAGCAACUUGCUGAAGAAAACAAGCUUUUAAAGGAGCAAGAAAACAUGCGAGAGCUGGUAUUCAACCUUGUCCGUAUGACUCAAAUCAAAAUUGACGAGAAAGAGCAAAAAUCCAAGGAUUUCCUGAAAGCUCAGCAAAAAUAUGCCAACAUUGCUAGGGAGAUCAAAGCAAAGGAUCUUGAAAUCCGGAUACACAGGAAGCAAAAACGAGAAAUUCAUCGGAGACUCAGAGAGUUUGCUAAACUGUAUGACACUAUUCGAAAUGAAAGAAACAAAUUUAUUAACCUACUUCACAAAGCUCACCAGAAAGUCAAUGAAAUAAAAGAAAGGCAUAAAAUGUCAUUAAAUGAACUGGAAAUUUUAAGAAAUAGUGCAGUUACUCAAGACAGAAAGCUACAAAAUUCUAUGCUGAAGCAUGCCAACAACAUUACCAUCAGAGAAAGCAUGCAAAACGAUGUGUGCAAAAUGGUAGCAAAACUUCAGGAAAUGAAAGAGAAGAAGGAAGCCCAGUUAAAUAACACUGACAGACUUGACAACAUGAUCACAGUGAUUGAAAAGGAGAUGGCGCAGCUUCGCAAAAAAUACGAAAAAGCCGUUCAGCGUCGAAAUGAAAGUGGUGUUCAGCUGAUAGAGCGGGAAGAGGAAGUGUGCAUUUUUUAUGAAAAAAUAAAUAUCCAAGAGAAGAUGAAGCUACAUGGAGAAAUUGAAAUACACGUCCUGGAAGAGAAGAUCCGAUUCCUGAAAGUGAAGAUUGCGGAGAAGCAAAGACAGAUUCACGUGACCCGGAAAUUGCUGCCAGCCAAGAGGGCUCUGGAUGCUGAUCUAGCAGUGCUCCAGAUUCAGUUUUCACAGUGUACAGACAGAAUAAAAGACCUGGAGAAACAGUUUAUAAAUCCUGAGGGUGAGAACAGAACACGCUUCCUUCCAGGGAAAGAUAUGACCAAAGAAGAAAUGAUCAAAAAAAUGGAUGCGCUGGAACUACGGCUGGCCAAGAAGGAGGAGAAGUUGCUGGAGAAAGAUUUCAUCUAUGAACAGGUCUCCCGGCUCACGGACAGGCUCUGCAGCAAAACGCAGGCCUGCAAGCAGGACACACUGCUCUUAGCCAAGAAGAUGAAUGGCUACCAGAAAAAGAUCAAAGAUGCUACUGAAAAAAUGAUGGCUCUUGUUGCUGAGCUGUCCAUGAAACAAGCUAUGACCAUUGAACUCCAAAAGGAAGUCAAGGAGAAAGAAGACUUCAUCCUCACUUGCAACUCCAGGAUGGAAAAGGGUCUGCCCCUCAAUAAAGAGAUUGAGAGAGAAUGGUUGAAAGUACUUCGAGAUGAAGAAAUGUAUGCCUUGGCCAUGGCUGAAAAGUCUCGGGAGUUCUUGGAAGCAGAAAAUCGCCAGCUGCCCAGUGGUGUUUACACAACUGCGGAUCAGCGUCCAAAUGCCUACAUCCCAGAGGCAGAGUCCACUCUUCCUCUGCCAAAACCGUACGGCGCUUUGGCUCCUUUUAAGCCCAGUGAACCUGGGGCCAAUAUGAGGCACAUAAAGAAACCUGUUAUAAAGCCAAUUGAAAUCUGAACAUGUGAACCAACCCAGGCUUCUCAAGGAGGAGCUUCAACCAGGCUUCUUCACAUCCACAGCUGGAAAACGUCAGCGUAACAGCUCUAAAUUACAGAGUAUCCACAACAUAUGC